ACUUCCUGUUUUUAACAGGAAGUGUUUGUUUUCGGUGGGUUUUGAUGUUCGAAUUUCUGUCUUUCGUGUUUGUUUUUGUUUUGUUGUGUAAACGUUUUACGACUUUUCAUUCAUUGUUGACAAGCAGAAGCCUUUUGUGGUGCUCAGUUUAAUUUAUAUAGAUGGCGGGAAAUUUCAGAAUUCCAAAGAAGAGACACUCCAUAGACAGAAUCUGUCACGCACAGUCUCCAUUGGCACGUUGUGAUCCUACAACACGGAGCCAGGCUGCCAGCAGUGGGCGAAGGCGACAAGAAACAUCAUCCUUUUUGAAGACACCUUUUACAGAGAAAACAUCUUUAAUAAGGUUACGUCCUAGGAGAGCAUCUGAUUCUUUCAUUGCCAAGGAAACUGAAAAUUUGAGAAAAAAAUGUAUUGUUCCUCUGAGGAGAUCCAAUGUUGAUACUAAAGGCUCAAGUAAUAAGCAGAGUGAGAAGUUUUUGGAGAAGAGAAGAAAAUGUGAAAACAUCAGUAAAAUUUCUUCUGAGUCUGAAUCCAAAGAUUCAAAUUCUGAACCCUGUAAAAAAUUAAAACUCGAUCAUAGCUUGGAAGCAGUACAACACUGCAAUCAGCGACAGAAAAGGAGCAGUGCUGUGCCCAUAUGUAAUGAGAAAACGCCAAAAGAAGAAACUGAAAGGAAUUUUGAAAAAAAUUCCCCAUGCAAAGGGAGUAUUAUUACACAGCCUGCAUUAGCUGUAACAUUGGAAAAUCAUAGACUUCAUAAAAGUCAGACACCAGAAAAGGCAUACAAAUCAGAUGCUUUCAAAAACCAAUCUUUUAUGGACAGCCCCAAGAAGAUUACCUCUUGUGAAACAAAUGGAACUACAUGUUUAACAGAAUUAAGAGCACUAAAGUACAGCACUCCCUCAAAGUUGUCAUCUUGUUCAACUGAGCCAAUUGUAGUCUCUAGUGAUGAAGAGGGAGAUGCCCAAUCCACAAAAAUGUCUACUCCAGUGACUCCAAAACCAAAAUGCUUUCAGGUGUUAUCCCCAUCGAUUAAAGGGGCAACAAAAAAAGAAAAGACAGAUGUUCAUCGUAAAAUUAACCAGGGGGAGUUUAUUGAUUCUUGCAAAAGAAAGAGUAGAGGAACAAUGAAUAUUUUGUUGGAGAUGGAAUUUAGUACAGUCCAAAUUGGAAGUCUGCAUGGAAUGGCUAAAGGUUGUAUUCAAUUUAUGGCAGACAGUAUUAGGAUACCAUUAAAAGAUUCUCAGGAUGGUUGCAUUUCUUUAUCAGUGGUGACUUCUCAACUUAAGAAAUAUGGUACAUGGACUUACAAAUCAUCAGAACACAAAAAGGAGAUGCAGUCUGUUAUCUGUCUUUGGGUUUCGGAAGCUCAGGCACAGCUAAUUCAAAAAGAAUUGUCAGCAGUAUAUCCAGUGCAGCAACCAUCUGUUGCAAAUGAAUUUCUCAUUGUGGAGUUGGUGAAGCCCUUGGAUUUGAAAAAAAACCAGUUGCUUAGUGAUAUAAUGUCUGAGAUAGGAAACAGAAAUGGAAUGUCUCUACAUGAUGAUGUGCUGACUUGUGAAGAUGUUUGCACUCUACUGCAAGGUUUAAACUGUGAAAAUUCCUUUAUUUUAUGGUGCAAAUGCCAGAUUAGAAAAAAAGAAAGUUAUUUGGAGACUCCCAUUUCACCUAAGACAGCAUCAGAAGAGCCCAAAUGCAAUUACAGACUUUGUCAUCGAAAGAUGAAGGACAAAUACUCAAUUUCAGUUACUGUGAGGCCCAAUCUACAUUUGAAGGAGCACAAGUUCAAGGGUCUAGUAGAGAAGUUAAUUGUAUUUCCACCACCACCAGCAAAAGGAGGGAUAGCAGUUACUACUGAAGACCUUGAGUGUUUGGAUAAUGAACAGUUUCUUAAUGAUGUCAUCAUUGAUUUCUACUUAAAGUACUUAAUGCUGGAGAAGGCACCAAAGAAUUUUGCUGAGCGUAGUCACAUUUUCAGCAGUUUUUUUUACAAGCAACUUACCCGAAAAGACACCCCAGAAGAGGAGAAGUCAAAUAUUUUAGCUCACCAUAGAAGGCAUCAGAAAGUGAAAACAUGGACUCGACAUAUUGACAUCUUCUCAAAAGACUUCAUUUUUGUUCCUGUUAACCAGGAGUCACAUUGGUAUCUGGUUGUGAUUUGUUUUCCUGGUCUUGAAGGACCAGUAAUUGAAGACCGGAUUAGGCCAGAAUUGCAAACAAAUGGUGAUAAAAGAGAUGUCUGUGAAGAAGCACUAUUAGAUAUUGACUAUGGUAAAAUUACAGAGGAGCCCCCGAACUGUGGAAUUGAUCCAGAAAAAACAGAAGCUAGUAACAAGUUGCACAAAUCUGGUUGCCGAAAACAGCAGCAACGUAAUUUACUGGGAUGUACCAAAAAACACUGCCAUCGAACACAUGUUUGUAAAAGGCCAUGUAUACUGAUAAUGGAUUCUCUGAAAUUAUCAUCACACGAACGCACAAUCAAGCUAUUAAGAGAGUAUCUGCAGGUGGAAUGGGAUGUCAGAAGGGGGACGCAGAGAAUUUUUUCACCAGAGAAUAUAAAAGGCUCAGCAUGCAGGGUACCUUUGCAAGAUAAUAGCAGUGAUUGUGGCAUAUAUCUUCUCCAGUAUGUUGAGAGCUUCCUUCAGAAUCCCGUUGUGCAUUUUGAUCUGCCCCUACAACUGGAAAAUUGGUUUUCACGACAAGAAGUAAAGAGGAAAAGAGAUGCAAUUAGAGACUUAGUUCUGCAAUUGUCCAAAAAGCAGAAAACCAUGAGCUAAUAACGAUCUUACUCUCCAGCAUUAUUCAUGACUGCCACAAAGAAGCCUAAUUUACUUCAUUCUGUUUGCUACCUUUGACCUGACAGUAAAUUUGUUAAAGUUUAAAGAAAAAAAA